CUGCCGGUACGAUGCACACGCUGCGUGCAGAACAAGCGUGUCCCGUCCCGUUUCCCUUGUUGUAAAAUACGUUAAACGAUGAAAAGAUAUCUGUUAGAUUUAAGUGCACUGUACUCUGAUCAUCGCCAGAAAGCGUACAUCGGCUACCGGGCGGCGUGGACCACGGUGGGAUGUUUGAUACGGACCGUACAGCACACGUUCGGCAUCGCUUCGGAUCUGUACGUGUGCAGUGAGGAUGGAAUUUUCUAUCCCGAGUGUGAAAAUGUAGGCCUUAUACACGACGGAGAAACAUUAAGGAUACUUCCUAAAGCACAGGAGGAAAGUAGGAAACGAUCCAACACAGUUUCAGACGACGAACCUCGCAAGCGUACCGCCGCAAACGCUCAGCAAGAAAGCAGCACAUACGAAGACAUCGAAUCCACGCUGCUCGGUCUCCCAAAACCAAAGCGUCGUCGUAUACGGAAGCGUAAAAGUAAGGCUGUUGUGGAGGAGCAGCAACCCUCCCAGCCAGUGCCAAGCGCACCCAUAAAACAACCAACAGUUGACGAAACACAAAACGGACACGUUCGCUUCCCCGACGAGGAGUCGCAAACGAGCGAGGAGAAGGCAUCAUCGGACGAUCCAGAACUGCCCUAUAGAAACUUAAAUCGCACCAUGAAGGCAAGAGUCGUGCGGGCCGUGUCCCCAUCCUCGCUCACAAUACAGCCACCAAGCGAUAUUCCCUCUGAACAUGCAAAUAAUGGCAGUGCUGAAGACACUCACACUACUGAGCCAUCCGUACGCACCUCAAGCCCCUCCCUAAAGCCCAGAAUCGUUCGAGCACUUCGACCGGAAAGCGCAACGGUGCAGGUAAAGCGGGAACUACUUGAAGCUUCCCACGUGAAGGCGGCGACGGCGGCGCUGCAACAAUCAUGUCCACCGCAAACAGUGCAGCAACAAAACACGGCGAUAAUCGAGCUUGACUCUCAACCAACACCUGUUCCCGGUGAAGAGGCCACUCGUGAUGCCGGCGCAACAAUACUGGCAGUAUGAGGAAGCAUUGCUCACAAACGCACGUGAAGUGUGUUGCGUGUGUUUAACAUGUUGCCAUCUGUUGGCGGAUGGGAGGGACGCGUUCAAUCGGAAAGAGGAAUAAAAAUGCAUUUCCCAUGUUUCCUACACUAUGCCACCAUGCGGCUUAUUGGAAAAUAAAUAGGCCGAGAAGGUCGAGAGAUUAAA